GUACGUCCACAGUGAUGAACGUCCCACAUGACCGAAUACCACUAUGAAUAGUUCGUAUAAGUUAUGAGUUUAUGACACAUCUGUGCGUAAACAAGGCUUCAAAACAAAUCUCUGUUAUCAUCAUUAUCACUAAAACUCGACAGAUUUGCCAGUCACCGAUUUCAGUGUGUUGUGUCAUAGCAGAAGAUGUUUUACACAGACUCUCUACUGACAGACCUUUUUGGUCUGCUGUUGGCCUUGACAGCCAUCGUUAUCACUUAUUACAAAUGGAGCUUUGCGUACUGGAAAAAGAACAACGUACCGUACCUAGAACCAACGAUACCUUUUGGUAACUUGCCAAGCCCGGUCAAACCCACUGACACCAUCGGUGUGGUAAUUAAAAAGGCGUAUGAAGAAUUCAGAAGACGAAAAGUGCCCCACGGAGGGAUUUUUGGUUUGACUAGACCCAUUUACUUAGCUGUUGAUUUAGAGUACGUCAAGAAUAUACUCACUAAGGAUUUUCAACACUUCGUAGACCGCGGGGUUUACUAUAACGAAAAAGUUGACCCUCUCAGUGCGCACUUGUUCGCCAUUGGUGGCCAAAAAUGGCGAAAUUUAAGGGUGAAACUCACCCCCACUUUCACGUCCGGGAAGAUGAAAAUGAUGUUCCAGACACUACUAGACUGUGAAGAAAACCUUCACGAGAAAAUGGAAACUUUGCACAAAAGUGGACAAGCAAUUGAUAUUAAAGAUGUGCUUGGGUGCUACACCACUGAUAUUAUUGGAUCCUGCGCUUUUGGCCUUGAGUGCAACACGUUCAAAGAAGAGGACUCUCCGUUCAGAAAAUACGGCAAAAAGGUUUUCACUUCGACGACUUUCAGACGACUGCAGUUUACCAUUACCAUUAAUUUUCCAAAGCUUGCACAAUUUUUGAACUUGAGAACAGUUCCGAAAGAUAUAGCGGAUUUCUUUACUAAAGUUGUGAGAGACAAUGUAGCAUAUAGGGAAAAAAAUAACUAUAGCAGGAAAGACUUUAUGCAACUACUGAUUGACUUAAAAAAUAAUAAGUUAGCACAGGAAGAAGGUUAUCAACAUGAUGGCAACACUCUCACAAUUGACGAAGUUGCGGCCCAGAGUUUUAUUUUCUUUUUGGCCGGGUUUGAAACGUCUUCGACCACCAUGACUUGGGCUCUCUACGAACUUGCGAAAAAUCAAGACAUUCAAAAGAAAGUCAGGGACGAGAUUAAUACAGUUUUGGCAAAACAUGACGGAAAAGUAACUUAUGAAGCUAUCCAAGACAUGAAGUACAUGAGUCAGGUACUUGACGAAACUCUGAGAAAAUAUCCUCCAGUACCUUUCGUUACGAGACAGUGCAUCAAAGACUACAAAGUUCCUGACCAGGAUGUUAUUAUCAGAAAAGGAGUCCGAGUUUUCAUUCCAAUUUUAGGAAUACACUACGACGAAGAAUAUUACCCGAAUCCUGAAAAAUUUGAUCCUGAACGUUUCAGUCACGAAAAUAUACAAAACAGACAUCAGUAUGCUCACAUCCCGUUUGGAGAAGGUCCUAGAAUUUGUAUUGGUCUUCGUUUUGGUAUUAUGCAAUCAAAAGUCGGUUUGACGUCCCUUUUGAGAAAUUACAACUUCACUCUGAACAGUAAAACGAAGCAACCGAUGAAGUUUUCAGUAAAGUCGUUUAUAUUAGCUGCAGAUGGUGAAGUUUGGUUAAAUGCUCAAAAAAUAUAAUCUUAAAGUGUUUUAAUACGCCUUUGCGAAGUCAGUAUUUUCGUAAAUGUGAUAAGAUAUUUUGAUUUAUCUUAAAUAAAAAGAUAUAAAUAUUUUUGUUUGUA